AUGAUUCCUCAGACAACAUCAACUGAAAUUUGUUCAUCAUUCUGGGAUUCAACACCCAUUGGUCGAUCAUUUUUUCUUCGUUUUUGUCAAUAUGAACAAUUAUCACCACAAUUAAUACUUGAAGAUAAAGUAUUUCGUUCAGCUAUUCGUUUAAAAAAUAAUUCAACAUAUCAUUCACAAAUAAAAUUUAUUGGAACAUUAGUAACAGAUGAUGAAUCACAACGUUUAACAUAUGUUAUCGAUCGUUUAAUAUUAAAAGAUUCAAUAACAAAUGAAUUUCAUAAUCAUCAACCAUUAACUGGAGAAUUUCUUAUACCUAUUCAAUGUACUAAUAAAAAUUCAACAACAAUUAAUAAUUGCAUACAGGAUGGAAUUAAAGAAAUUGACGAUUAUUGUCAUUCAUCCUUACCAAUUGAAUUACAUCGAUAUUCAUAUCUUUGUGGUCAAAUGUCAUCAAUGAAUUCGACAUCUUUAAAUAUUGAUUUAUCAUUUGAUCUUAUAACAAUAAAAAAUAGUUUUACAUUAACACCAAUUAACUCUGAUUAUAUUCAUAUAUUACCAACAGCUUUAUUUAAAAAACUUAGUUCAUCAAAAGAAAAUACUAUUCAUAUGAAUCAAUCACAUUUUGGUUAUUGUAGUUUAGAUCGAACAACAAAAAAUAAAAUUUUAUUUAUACUUGAAAAUGAUCCACAAGCAUGUUCAUUACCAUUAGUUGGAAUUUGGGUAUCAAAUAUUACCAAUAUUCAAUGUGCAUUUGUUUGGGCAGCAUGUAUUCGUUAUUGUAUGAAUUCAUCAUUAAAACAACGUCUUCGUUCUGGAAUCAAUUCGCAACAAUCAUUUUUACUUGCAUGUUAUUUAUCAACAUCAUAUAAUCAAUGGAAUUUUUAUGAAGUUUGUUUAAUAACAACCAAUUCAUUAUCAUCAAUGACUAUUGAUUAUGAUUUAUGGACAUGUUCAAAAAAUAUUAUCAUACCAAAUUCAAUUUUAGAUCAAUAUGAUGAAAAUUCGAGUACACAAAUUCCAUAUGAUUUUGAAUUCAAACGUAUUUAUGAGGAACCAAAAAAUUCUCCAAUAUUAGAAAAUAUUUCUUUUCCUAUUCAAUCAAUUAAUAAUAUUCAAUUUCCACCGGAUAUAUCUUGUAUUUCAACAAAAAUACCUCAUGAUGAUAAUAAUAAUAAUCAUCAUCAAACUACACUUUCAUCAACUAAUACAAAUGGAAGUUUAUUUGGUGUACCUCGUUUACCACCGAGACAAUCAAUAAAUCAAUCACCUUCAUGGGAUUUAUUAUCCACAACAACAAUAGCAACUCCUAAACAAAAUAUACGUUCAUUAAAUGAAUCUUCUAGAUCAAAACAGUGUUCAUCUCCAACAUCAUCAACAACAAUUAGUAAUGAUAUUCAAUGGAAAGAAGAAUUAAUUAAAAGAAUGCAAUCAUAUGAUAAUCAUAUUCAAUCAUUAACUGCACUUGUUGCUCAACUUUUAGCUAAUCAACAACCACAACAACAAAAUCAUUUACCAUUAACACCAAUAAAAGAAUCGACUAAACGUGAUGUUGCUGUACAAAGUGAACCAUUAUCAUCAAACAUUAAACAUUGUCAACAACAAACAUCAUUCAUAACUGCAACUAAUACAACACCAUUUACACACGUUCAAUCAUCAUUGUCAUCAUCAUCAGUUAUUCAUCAACAUGAACCCAUGAUCGAUUAUUCAUCUCUUCGUAAAUCAACUGCAUCUAUUCAAUCUGAAUCUCCUCCACCUCCAUCAGUUUCUACAGAUCUCAAUCCUGUCGAUAUUCUCAAACCAAUUUUUCAAUUUAUAGAUAAACAACAACAAAAAUCUACAUCUUCAUUAAUGACAACAUAUAAUUCAACUGAUACAACAUUAUUAAAAUUAAAUGAUAACGAAACAGAACAUCAAACUGAAAAUAUGUUUCAUUUAGCUAAUGUCAUUCAACAACAACAACAACAACAACAACAACAACAUGUCACAUCGACAAGAACAACUGGUAUAAGUCUUAUUUCGAAUGGUGUUCAAAUGCAAUUUAUUAAUCAACAAAGUAGUACGACUACUGUUUAUCCACAAUCCGUUCCUACAUCUCCACCUCCAAUCGAACGUCUUCCAACAUCUCCACAGAAAUCUGAAAAUAAUCUUUCCAUUGAAGUUCAUAGUUUAGAAAUGAAAUAUCUUGAAGAUGAUCAAUUAGCAGUUGCAAUUGAAUGUGAUCGACAAUCACAAAAAACACUUGAUGUAUUACCACAAACAUCUCAAAUUGUUGAUAAAAGUUUAUCAUUUGAAACUCAAGAAUAUUUACGAAGAUAUGGGCUUUUUACGGAUUCUAAUGAUUAG